AUGGCACUAUUGAUGGAAAAGGGGUCUGAACCCCAGACCGAAAGCGAAAGAGAUGACCUUGAUGCCAUAGCCGCUCUCAAACAAAAUACUGCUAUUGAACUCAAGGACAAGGGUAACGAGUAUGUGAAGAUGGGCAAAAAGCACUUCGCUGAUGCCAUAGAUUGCUACACGGGAGCAAUAAAUCAGCAAGCUUUGAGUGACUCUGACACCUCUCUUCUCUUUUCAAAUAGGGUCCAUGUCAAUCUUUUACUUGGUAACUACAGACGUGCUCUUACUGAUGCUGAGUACUCAAUUAAGCUCUGUUCCAUUAAUGUCAAGGCUCUGUGCCGAGCAUCCAAAGCUUGUUUUGCAUUGAACUUGUUGCCUGAAUCAACUUUGCAUUGCCAAAAUGGGCUUAAGCAUGACCCAAGUAACGAAGAGCUAAAGAAGCUGUUAAGGCAAAUUGAGUCAAAGAAGAUGGAACAUGAACAGCGUGAGGCUCAAGUUUCCAAGGCUAUAUCAGAGGCUAAGGACCUUGUUUCCACGAUCGAAAAAAACUGCCCACCUUUUUCAUGGGAUCAGGAACAUGAUUACACUCGUGAAGCUGUUGAAUUAUACUAUGAAGUAGGCUCUGGUGUUGUUCACUUGGUUGGAGGCAUAGCAGGCUUGUGGGGUGCUCUUAUUGAAGGCCCAUGCAUAGGCCGGUUCGAUCAUGAAGGCUCAUUCCUCAACAUUCUCAAGGCCUAUGGGGAGAGUGGAUCCUAUUAUGGACAAUGGAGUGCAAUAGGAAGAACUGCAGUGACAACCACAAUGGCUAGAUGCUCAGCAGCACUGACUACUCUUUUCGGGAAGCGCUUGCUCUCCGGUCAUUGGAACCUCACCGACGUUUGCAAUGGCUUGCUUGGUGGGUGGGUUUUGAUGGGAUGCAACAAGCUUGCUGAGAAGUUGAAGUAUGAUGAUCCAUUGGAAGCAGCACUGCUUCAUGGAGGGUGUGGCUCAUGGGGAAUUAUAUUCACUGCAUUGAUGGGAGGAGGUGGAAAGCUCUUGGCUGCACAUUUGGUUCAGAUUGUAGGGUUUGUGAGCUUGACAAUGGGAACAUUGUUUUUCUUGUUGCACAAGUUGAAGCUCUUGAGGAUUUCAUCAGAGGAGGAGAUGGCAGGAAUGGAUGUGACCAGUCAUGGUGGAUUGGCUUAUGUAUAUACCGACGAAUGCAACGAUCCGGCAAUGCUCAAACCUGGAUUCGUGGUCUCAAGGACAGGCCCUCCUUCAUCAGCUGUUUGA